AUGCCAGCAACUCAAAGGCACGUUCCUUUCGUUACUGGAUCGUUGCAAAACAUUACAAUGGCCAAGGCUGAUAGAAUCAGCUCUGUGUCUUCAAGCUCAUCGGAUCGUGGUGAUAAAAAUAAAAAGAGCAGGACUAGGUUGUCGCUGGUGUGCCGACAUUGCAGAAGACGUAAGAUCAAAUGCGAUAAAAAACAACCUACGUGUGGCAAUUGCGCUAAAAUACAUGCGAUAUGUAUUUACGACUACCAAGACCAGCUCCAGCGUAAAUUGUCGUCGCAACAACCGUCAACCUUGCACCACCAACUGGACGAUCUCGAGAACAAGUUUGAGGAACUGCGAGAAAGCUUGAAAGCUAGGCAACUCGAAGAAUGGAGUCAGGGCUCGAAUACUCGCAAGAACCUAAUAAGAGUCAACUUCUUCGAUGGUCUGCAACCUAGUUGUCUCGAGAGCAUCUUCAAAUGCGACUACAAACCUUUUUCGGACAUGGGUAUGAUUACAAAACACAUUCGUUUGAACCCGUUUUUGCUGUUUGUCACUCGAUCUUUCAAACCGUUGAAUUAUGCGGUGAAAAAGAUACUACAAUCCGUCGGAGACGCCAUUGAUCCCAACUCAGAUGAACUGGAGUCUGUGGCACAAGUCUUGUUCCUCACCCCAGAGGUACGUGAGAUCUUGAAAAAGCAUACUAUGAACCCAGAGGGUCUUACUGUCGAAACUUCAGACGCCAUUCGACGCUGCAUUCUCCAAAAUGGUACUCAAGAUAACCAAAAAGCUUUGUUCGAACCCAUCGACUUGCAAUUUUAUGCCUCUAAAACCACUCGUGCGGAACUUAUAGAUCACGUUGUGUCCAUUUUGCCAUCCAAGGGCAAAAUUGAUAAAUUAGUCUCCUACUUCAUGACUGUUAUGUACCCACUGGUUCCUUACAUCAACAAAAAUGAAUUUGCACAAACAAUUUCCAAAACCAUUCAAUAUUCGGCUACAGGCGAGGUUAUAGGUGUGAACAUAGGGGAUCACCAAGAUUUUGCUCGAAAAAUUGGCUGCCUUGCAGUACUCCUAGUCUUGCUGCGUAUUUCCUACACUGCAAUGAUACUGGAUAAGAAACCUUUCGACGAAGAAAUAACAAAUCGAUUUAUUGUGAUAGCCCAAAAAUGCUUGGCGCAUCUGAUUACUCUCUCUCACAAAACUAACGAGGACAUUUUGUCUUGCUUGAUUCUCAUGCGGUGGUCCUUACUUUACUUCCCUACAGAAGGCGACGUUAGGGCAGACUCGAUCACAGACAUGCUAAUGACUCUGAUCACAAACCAUGCGUUUAAGAUCGGUGUUUAUCGAGAUUGUAUACAAGCCACGUCUUGUAAUAAAACCGAGAAACGACGAAGGUACUUUCUUCACUACAGGGCCAAGCUUUGGAUGGGAACACUGAUUUUUUUACGAUCAGAUAUGUGCUUGAGAGGUAAUUUUCCUGCUGUAUGCGUUGAUUAUGCACAUAUGACCCCAAAAGAGGACUUUCCCGAAAAUUACGAGGAUAAGGCAGAGUUUCAGAUUCAUAGAAUACUGCAUAAACAGUUGGAAAUAUUUACCAAGAUGAGUGUUCUGGAUAAGUUAUCUCUUCAAUUGCAUGAGGGAAUUGACAUCGACGAGAUUUAUUGUAAAAUCCGCCGAUUGGAAUAUGAAUUGCAGGUUUCAUGCCCAUUAUCAGAGGUACAUGUUUUAGCUAGAGACAGCACCGAACAAAAUGUUAUACAGAGCAUGCAAAACACUCUUUAUUUCAAAGUGAAUGUCGUGUCCAAAAUCUACUUCCUUGCAAUUCGGGCUUCAAUUUUGUGCAACUUGGAGGCUCAGAUCAUAGAUUCGAUGGGUAGCUCAGAGCAUUUAUUACUGCGCUUUAAAGAGGUCACCACGGAGUGCUUCGAAGCUGCAGUGGAUUUAACAGAAAUUUUGCAAGACUACAUGAGUUCAGCCGGAACUAAUCAAACGAGUUCUGUUUUGGCUGACCACCGCUAUACUUUGAAUCAACUAGUACAAAUUGGAAUAUUCAGAGUAUCGUAUUAUUUUAUUGGUGUGAUUUUGAAUAUCCUGCGCGCAAAGGAGGGACUUGAGAGCUUUCAGUGGCACAAUGACCGCAAGCGGAGUUUGGCAGCAGAAAUUGGCUACAAAGUGUCCAUCAUUAACUCUAUUUCGAAAUCGAUUUUUCAGUAUGUCCAGAAACUAGUUUAUUUAGGUUCUCAUACCUUGUCGGACACAUAUUUCACCUCCUUCAAGCAAUUCCUAUUUUUGGAGUACGCUAUGCAGGUGAUUCAAAACGAAGUUAAUCCAAAUACGCCGAGUCGUCUGAAAGAAAUGCUGGGAGAGACUAACAUUCCAGCAUGCAUAGAUUACUCGCCUGAUGACUGGGAGAAACUUUCAGAUUACAUUACCAAGGCCUUAGGUCAGCAAGAGCAUGUUCCCUUUUUUCCGCCGGCGGAAGAUUUAUUGGCCACUGCUGUGCCUGCGCCUUUAGAGCAAACUUUCAAUCCAAUGUUACUCCUGGACGAUGACAUUAACAUACAGAACAUGCUCGAUGGAGAUUACACUUGGGCGGAUUUCUCACGAUAG